GGUGUGGUGCUGUGGCGUUGCAGGCUCUGCUGAGGAGACCGUCUCGGAUGCGGUGGCGCUGCGAGGCUGAACUUUUUCCGGUUGGAGACGUGGCUCUGCUUCCCACUCCGCUACAGCUCCGACUGCAUGCCACCUCCGGGAAAGCGACCUCGACACUGGCGUUUGUUGGUUUUGUAAAUAUCAGGUUUUAAGCACCUCGAGACGGAGCCAAAAAAUGGUGCUCUUGGCUGCAGCAGUGUGCACCAAGGCUGGAAAAGCCAUAGUGUCACGGCAGUUUGUGGAGAUGACACGCACUCGCAUUGAGGGUCUUCUGGCUGCUUUCCCUAAACUGAUGAGCACAGGAAAGCAGCACACGUUUGUGGAGACAGACAGUGUGCGUUAUGUCUACCAGCCCCUAGAGAAGCUCUACAUGGUUCUUGUCACUACGAAGAAUAGCAACAUUCUGGAGGACCUGGAGACGUUACGGCUCUUCUCCCGUGUGAUUCCUGAAUACUGCCGUGUCCUGGAGGAGGGGGAAAUCUCAGAGCACUGUUUCGAUCUCAUAUUUGCUUUUGAUGAGAUUGUUGCGCUGGGCUACAGGGAGAAUGUCAAUCUAGCACAGAUCCGUACCUUCACCGAGAUGGACUCGCAUGAGGAGAAGGUCUUCCGUGCAGUCAGAGAGACACAAGAACGAGAAGCAAAUGCGGAGAUGAGGCGGAAGGCUAAAGAGUUGCAGCAGGCAAGACGGGAUGCUGAGCGUGCAGGCAAAAAAGCACCAGGCUUUGGAGGCUUUGGGAGUUCAGGCAUGAGUGGUAUCAGCCCAGCCACCAUCAUUACAGACUCAAUUAUGGAACCAGAGAAGCCGAAAAUGGCACCAGCCCCACUUAGGCCAAGUGGUCCUAGUAAAGCCCUAAAGCUGGGUGCCAAAGGAAAGGAGGUUGACAACUUUGUAGACAAACUUAAGUCGGAGGGUGAAAACAUCAUCAUACCCAGUGCGGGAAAGAAGGCAUCUGAAGCAUCUAAAGUUCUUCAGCCUCCGGUGAACACUGAAAGUGUACAUCUGAAGAUAGAGGAGAAGAUAGUACUCACCUGUGGACGGGAUGGUGGACUGCAAAACAUGGAGAUUUUGGGCAUGAUAACCUUGAGGGUGUCGGAUGACAAAAACGGCCGUAUCCGUUUGCACAUUAACAACAAUGACAAGAAAGGAGUGCAGCUACAGACCCACCCCAAUGUAGAUAAGAAGCUGUUCACUGCAGAGUCAUUGAUUGGUCUGAAAAACCCAGAGAAGUCUUUCCCCGUCAACAAUGAUGUGGGUGUGCUGAAGUGGAGGCUGCAGAGCACAGAUGAGUCCCUCAUCCCUUUAACUAUAAACUGCUGGCCCUCAGAAAGUGGUAAUAACUGCGAUGUCAAUAUUGAAUAUGAGCUCCAGGACGAAAGCCUUGAACUCAAUGAUGUAAUCGUUAACAUCCCUGUGCCGUCUGGAGUAGGUGCCCCUGUCAUUGGAGAUAUUGACGGGGAGUAUCGUCAUGACAGCAGGAAAAACAUCCUAGAAUGGUGCCUACCUGUCAUAGAUGAAAAUAACAAGAGUGGAAGUCUGGAAUUCAGCAUAGCUGGCAAACCAAAUGACUUCUUCCCCGUCAAUGUCUCCUUUGUGUCUAGACGCAACUACUCCGACAUUCAGGUGGCCAAAGUGACCCAUGUAGAAGGAGACAGCCCAGUGAAAUAUUCCAUCGAGACUUCGUUUGUCGUUGACAAGUAUGAGAUACUCUAAAGACUUCCUAAAAGAAAUAUUUUUCUAGCCUGCCUGCCUACCUGUGCAACAGUUUGGAGACAGUACACCAGACUCUCAAAAUUCAAUCCAGUGGCGUGCAGUAUUGGUGUAUUUAUAUGUUUGUAUGGCAACAGAAAUUAUAUAUGUUUAUACGAAAAUAAGCAGCAUCUACCAUGAAGGCAGAUGAGCCUGGAGUGUUGUGAUUUGAGGCUGAGGCCACUGAGAAGUCAUCAUACCACAACAUCUUGCAGCGUACCCUUAACCUGGACCAGUGGUCUUCACAACCCUUGAAAUAAAUUAGAGGUGGAGUUUGACCAUUGCUGAGUGUAAUGUUUUCCAUUUCCAGAAUUUGUAAUUUAAGAGAGCCAGUAAUUCUCACAUAUCAAGUACAAUACAGUGGAUUUGUUUACUUGAAAUGAAUGAAAAUACCAGAAAGUAA